GGGGCCCCGUUGCCUUCCAGCAUCAUCGAGAACCAGCCGCUGCUGAACACCCUGACCCGGGCUGACACCAGGAUGCUGCGGCACCUCCAGAACCUCACCAUCGCCAACUCGGGGCUGCAGCACGUCUCCGACGGCGCUUUCCAGGACACCCCCAGGCUGAGCCACGUGAACCUCUCCUUCAACGCGCUGCACACCCUCUCCUGGAAAACCUUCCAGCAUCUGCCCCUGCAGGAGCUCAUCCUGGUGGGAAACCCCCUCAACUGCUCCUGCGGCGUCCGCUGGCUGCAGCUGUGGCAGGACGGGAGCCGCGCCGAGCUGGGCAAUCAGUCGCUGAGCUGCUGGGAGGGCGGCGUGCUGGUGCCCCUGGGCAGCCAGCGCCUCCACGGCUGCGAGCCCCCCACGGUCCGCAUCGAGCACCCCGACGUGGUGCUGCGCCAAGGGGACAGCGUCAACCUCACCUGCCACAUCGCCGGCGAGCCGCCGGCCACCGGGGCCUGGCUGGUGCCCGACGUGGGGUCGGAGCCGCCUGGGGUCACCAAGCUCUCGGAGUGGGAGCUCUUCCUGGAGAUCACCAACGUCUCCUCCAGCCUCAACCACAAAGACCUCACGUGCCGGGCGGAGAACACGGCGGGGCCGGCGGAGGACAGCGUGACGCUGAACGUCACCUUCCCGCCGGUGAUCCUGCUCCUGCACGAGGCCAUCCCCCAGCACUUCUGGUGCAUCCCCUUCUCGGUGGACAGCAACCCGGCGCCCAGCAUCCGCUGGCUCUUCAACGGCACGGCGCUGGCCGAGGGGCCCUACAUCCACACCCGCAUCGUGGAGUACGAGCACAACUCCACCGUGCUGCACGGCUGCCUCCAGCUCAACCGCCCCACGCACGUCAACAACGGCAACUACACCCUCCUGGUGCGCAACCCCCUGGGCGCCGCCGCCCGCAGCGUGCGGGGCCGCUUCAUGGAGAACCCCUUCAGCUUCAGCCCCGAGGAGCCCAUCCCCGUGUCUCUGUCUCCGCUGGGCACCAGGAACAGCUCCCUGGAGGGGCCCGUGGAGACGACGGAUGAGCACACGUUCGGGGUCUCCGUGGCCGUGGCCCUGGCUGUAUUCGCCUGCCUCUUCCUCUCCGUCAUGCUCCUCGUGCUCAACAAGUGCGGGCGCCGCUCCAAGUUCGGCAUCAACCGCUCGGCCGUGCUGGCCCAGGAGGACGACCUGGCCAUGUCCCUGCACUUCAUGAACCUGGGCAGCAGCCCCGUGUCCUCCACCGAGAGCAAGCUGGAGGGGCUGAAGAGCAACUUCAUCGAGAACCCGCAGUACUUCUGCAACGCCUGCGUGCACCACGUGCAGCGCCGGGACAUCGUGCUCAAGUGGGAGCUGGGCGAAGGCGCCUUCGGGAAGGUUUUCCUGGCCGAGUGCUACAACCUCCUCCCGGAGCAGGAGAAGAUGCUGGUGGCCGUGAAGGCGCUGAAGGAGGUGACGGAGAGCGCGCGGCUGGACUUCCAGCGGGAAGCCGAGCUGCUGACGGUGCUGCAGCACGAGCACAUCGUCAAGUUCUACGGCGUCUGCACCGAGGGCGAGCCCCUCAUCAUGGUCUUCGAGUACAUGAAGCACGGCGACCUCAACCGCUUCCUCAGGUCCCACGGGCCGGACGCCAAGAUCCUGGAGCAGGGCCAGGGGCAGCCCCGCGGGCAGCUGACGCUGAGCCACAUGCUGCAGAUCGCCACGCAGAUCGCCUCGGGCAUGGUCUACCUCGCCUCCCUCCACUUCGUGCACCGCGACCUGGCCACCCGCAACUGCCUGGUGGGCCACGAGCUGGUGGUGAAGAUCGGCGACUUCGGCAUGUCCCGCGACAUCUACAGCACCGACUACUACCGGGUGGGCGGCCGGACCAUGCUGCCCAUCCGCUGGAUGCCCCCCGAGAGCAUCCUUUACCGCAAGUUCACCACCGAGAGCGAUAUCUGGAGCUUCGGCGUGGUGCUCUGGGAGAUCUUCACCUACGGGAAGCAGCCCUGGUACCAGCUCUCCAACACCGAGGCCAUCGAGUGCAUCACGCAGGGCCGGGAGCUGGAGCGGCCCCGCACGUGCCCCUCGGAGGUGUACGACAUCAUGCAGAGCUGCUGGCAGCGGGAGCCCCAGCAGCGCCAGCGCAUCAAGGACAUCCACAGCCGCCUCCAGGCUCUGGUCAAGAGCCCCCCCAUCUACCUGGACAUCCUGGGCUGAGCGGGGACCCCCGAGCCCCUCGGCUCCCCGAUGCAUCCCCCCCCCCCAUCCCCGCCACCCCCAGGGGUUGGCUCUCACCCCCCCCAGGCUGGACGGAGGGGUCUGGCCCCUCUCUCCAUGUGUCCCCCCCCUGCCCAAAGGGAUGCCUCGAGGGCUCGAACCCCAUUUACCACGGGAAGCUUCCUGGGGGGGCUGUAGGGCUGCUUUGGGGUCCACAGGGCCGUGCGCUGGAGCUGUGCCACACGGGGUUGCGGUCACGGCACCCACCCGACGUGGGUUUGCUGCUGGGGGGGGGGGGGCAGAACCAGGAGCCCCCCAGCCCCACGUUGGUGGCUCGACCGCUCCGGGGGGCCGGGGUGUCUUGGGCGAGGGUCUCCCGUGGCUUGGUUGCUCCUUCCCUCCCCAUCCCGGCCCGGGGGGACGCCCCGCAGCGAACCCGGCCGAUAAUAAAACAUCCACUUCUCUGCCA